AUGGCAGAACCGAUGGAUGAAGCUGAUGAAGCUGCAAAAUUUGUGACCAUCAUGCCGGAUGGUGGCGGUGCGACUGAUCCAAUGCCGGGAGUUCCAGAUGGUGGCACUGAAUUGGAUGCCUUGUUGGAGGAAGUAACUCCAAAGCAGCCAAAGCCAAAGUACUCGAAAGCAUUGUCCAGUGUUGGCGGCCAGACCCAGAAAAUGGUACAGGAAAGGGCCCAAGAACAAAUCAACGAGAUGCAGCUGUCGUGCAGUGCGUCCGGCAUCAACCAGCGGUCUGCCAAAGAGCUGCAGUUGCUCAGAGGGGAGGUGGAGUUCAGUGGAUUGGGUACUGGUGGUCACCGUGCUCAUUACGUGAUUGCUCCUCCAGAGAUGGAGAGUGCAGAUGAACUCUUGCGCUGGAUGUUCGUCCGUCAGGAUGGAUGGCGCUUGAAGCCUCCAAAUCUUUUGCUAUCUUGCUAUGGCGGAAGGGAUCACUAUGUGAACUGGGCUAAUUCACCAACACUUCGAAACCGAGAGGCCUGGGCCACGGCCACCGGCGCCGUAGAGGAUUGGCAGUUCAGACAGAAGUUUACCAGCCGACUGUCAGAGAUCUCAUCAGGUGUUUGCCAAGCUGUGAGCGAAUGUGGGGGAUGGUUUGAUCUGGGCACAGGACCUAGAGGAGGCUUGAACGAAGUCUUGAUGGACGGCUUGAAGGUCUAUUGGUCUGCCUUUGGAUGCCUGGCAGGACACAAGACCGACAACGUGGUGUUCUGUGUGCGCUUUUUGCAGGACACCGAGUUCAAGGACAGCUUUCUCCAGUGUGCGCAAGCUGUGCCCGCAUCCGGUCCUGUUGACAAGAAGGAAGAAUUGAAGGAACGAGUGAUGUACCCGUCUGUCAACAGCCAAUUGUUUCCGGAGCUUGGCUCCGAUCCGAAGGCCAAUGAUCAGGAUCUCCGGGGCUUAGAUCCAGAUGAAGAAGAUGCAGGGAAGAGUGCCAAGAGUGUUGCUGACUUGGAGCUCGAAGUACGUGCUCAAAUCACGAGACGCUUCCUCUGCAAUGCUCUUACUCACAUUAUUUUUGUUCAGAGUCAGCAAACACUGGACAGACUGAGAAUCAAGCUCCGCUCUUUGGCUACACGGGCAUCCAUUUUUGCCAAUGGAAAUGAAGCUCUCAUUCAACCUGGUGUAGAUGGUAAGAUCUUGAUGGAGGCAGUGACAGGCGUGCCCAUCGUGUGUCUUCACAACACAGGAGGUGCGGCUGAAAUGUUGGGUGCUGCAGUUCUCCGGAGACGCCAGCCCCAGCAUGCUGAACACUCGAAGUUCAUGUAUGGAUAUGAGCUGCCGGAAAAUGUACCUGAUGACCAGUUCUUGAUCCUGAAUCCAGCAAAGGAUUCAGUUGAAAAGGUCAUCAACAAGCUGACACUCGUUUUGUCCACGGUCCAAGGGAGCUCGGAUGUCCGGGCUGACUACUUGUCUAUGCCGCCAGCUUCGGCCAUGACAAAGCUGAAGGCUAACCUCUAUGACUGGGACAAGGUGCUUGCCUCCUACCACCAGCGCACUUCCUCCACUUCCUAUUUGUGCUGCAAAAGGCUCUGCAAUCCCUGCAGACGUCCUUCUGCGAAGGUUCUGGAUCUUGAGAACAUUGAGGACGGCCCAUGGAACCAGGCUGGCAGCGAUUUCCACCCAAACCCCUUUGCAAUUGAUGACGACUAUUUGAAUGAUGAUGGAACAUCUCUAGUGACGGCCGAGGACUACAUCCAUUUCCGAUUUUUGCCCAUGCUUCAGUACUACUCUUGGCGCAGCCGCGACCUUUCAAGGAAAGUGCUGGUUCUUCAAGUCUUGACCUACUUUCUGACCGCAGCAAUG